UGCCUUCCUCUCCACGCGCGACGCGCGCCGGGAACGGCGCCGGCAUUUAGCAGCCGAGCCUGGUUCCGGGACUCCGCGGAGGAACUACAAUUCCCAGGACCGGAGCGACCCGGACUCCCGGAAGCCAAUACUUGGCCGACCGGAAGCAGCUGAGACCCAGCCAGCAGGCCUGAGGUUAAUUCAGCCAGGAAAGGGGGCGGGAAGGGCUGUGGGGCACCUGUCAGUUCGCCACGAUGAACGUGGUUUUUGCAGUGAAGCAGUACAUCUCCAAAAUGAUAGAGGACAGCGGGCCCGGCAUGAAGGUGCUUCUCAUGGAUAAAGAAACGACUGGGAUAGUGAGUAUGGUCUACACACAGUCAGAGAUUCUUCAGAAGGAAGUAUACCUCUUCGAACGAAUUGAUUCUCAAAAUCGAGAGAUCAUGAAACACCUAAAAGCAAUUUGUUUUCUUCGACCUACAAAGGAGAACGUGGACUAUCUGAUUCAAGAGCUCCGAAGACCCAAAUACAGUAUAUAUUUUAUUUAUUUCAGUAAUGUGAUCAGCAAGAGUGAUGUGAAGUCAUUAGCUGAAGCUGAUGAGCAGGAAGUUGUGGCUGAAGUUCAGGAAUUUUAUGGGGAUUACAUUGCUGUGAAUCCACAUUUGUUUUCCCUCAAUAUUUUGGGUUGCUGUCAGGGCCGGAAUUGGGAUCCAGCCCAGCUCUCCAGAACUACUCAAGGACUGACAGCUCUCCUCUUGUCUCUGAAGAAGUGCCCCAUGAUUCGUUACCAGCUAUCAUCAGAGGCCGCAAAAAGACUUGGAGAAUGUGUUAAGCAAGUGAUAAGUAAGGAGUAUGAACUCUUUGAGUUCCGGCGGACCGAGGUGCCUCCACUGCUUCUCAUUCUAGACCGCUGUGAUGAUGCCAUCACCCCACUGCUCAACCAGUGGACAUAUCAGGCCAUGGUCCAUGAACUGCUGGGCAUAAACAACAACCGGAUCGAUCUUUCCAGAGUGCCAGGAAUCAGCAAAGACUUAAGAGAGGUGGUCCUGUCUGCCGACAAUGAUGAAUUCUAUGCUAAUAACAUGUACCUGAACUUUGCAGAGAUUGGUAGCAAUAUAAAGAACCUUAUGGAAGACUUCCAGAGGAGGAAACCAAAAGAACAGCAAAGGCUAGAAUCCAUAGCAGACAUGAAGGCCUUUGUUGAGAAUUAUCCACAGUUCAAGAAGAUGUCUGGGACUGUUUCAAAGCAUGUGACAGUGGUUGGAGAACUGUCUCGGUUGGUCAGUGAGCGGAAUCUGCUGGAGGUUUCAGAGGUUGAGCAAGAGCUGGCCUGUCAGAACGACCAUUCUAGUGCUCUCCAGAAUGUGAAGAGACUCCUGCAGAACCCUAAAGUCACAGAAUUCGACGCAGCUCGGCUGGUGAUGCUUUAUGCUCUACAUUAUGAGCGCCACAGCAGCAACAGCCUGCCAGGCCUCCUCGUGGACCUCAGGAGUAAAGGCGUUUCUGAGAAGUAUCGGAAGCUCGUGUCAGCAGUGGUUGAAUACGGCGGGAAACGGGUGAGAGGAAGUGACCUCUUCAGCCCCAAAGACGCCGUGGCCAUUACCAAACAGUUUCUCAAAGGACUCAAGGGAGUGGAGAAUGUGUAUACACAGCAUCAGCCUUUCCUGCAUGAGACCCUGGACCAUCUCAUCAAAGGCAAGCUUAAGGAAAACCUCUACCCUUAUUUAGGGCCCAGCACACUCAGAGACAGGCCUCAGGACAUCAUCGUGUUUGUUAUUGGAGGAGCCACCUAUGAAGAGGCGCUGACGGUUUACAACCUGAACCGUACCACUCCUGGAGUGAGGAUCGUCCUGGGGGGCACAACCAUACACAACACCAAAAGUUUCCUAGAGGAGGUCCUGGCUUCUGGGCUGCACAGCCGCACCAGAGAGAGCUCACAGGCCGCCUCGAGGUCAGCAAGCAGAAGAUGAGACGGCAAUGGAGACCAUCGUCACCGUCGUCGUCGUCGUCAUCGUCGUCCAGAAGAGCACAGCCUCCCUCUUGGCCCGGCCUCAGCCCUGCCCUGCUGACCGGGGGGCUCAGAAGGGCUUGUGUGUGUUGUAACUCACACCAGGUCACCCCAAUUCCCGAACUGCUGGCGCAGAAGUUGGGACUGCUGAGAUGAUGAGCCCGUCCCAGCCCACCUGUGAUUCUGUAUCAAAUAAAUAUGUUCUUUGUGUAUUUGACAGCAA